AUGGCUUCAGCACUUGCUAUCGGAACUGGUGUCGCAGUGGCAGCCUUUCUGGGCCGAGCAGGAGUGGUGGCAUGGCGACGAUCACGGGGAGGCGUUGGAGCCCUGGGAAAGGCAUUCUAUAAGGGCGGCUUUGAGCCUCGGAUGAACAAGCGGGAGGCUACGCUCAUUCUUAGUCUUAAUGAACGGGCCGUGACAAAGGACAAGAUUCGCAAAGCCCACCGAAACCUCAUGCUGCUGAACCACCCCGAUCGAGGCGGCAGUCCCUAUCUUGCGACAAAGGUCAACGAGGCCAAGGAGUUCCUCGAGAAGAACUCGUAA